ACAAGAAUGGCGCACUGAUGACAACAACUACGGACGCUUGGGCCCAACGAGGCUAUGCGCCCUAACCCAACAAGUACAAGACCGGCGGCGCCGCUGGCUCAGUCUGCCGCUGGGCUUCUCAGCUGGCUCGGUCCGGCGCUGCACGAUGCCGGUCUCAGCUCUGCGGCCGCUGGCGGUCUGCCUGUGGCUGAGCGUGUCGGCCGGCCAGCCGGACCUCUCCGGCAGCUGCACGCGGGCCGGCCACUGCCAGCCGCACUCCAACCCACUGCUGGACAUUCCCGGAGGCACGUUCACGAUGGGCACGGACCGGCCGCACUUUGCGCAGGACGGUGAGGGCCCGGCGCGCCGCGUCACCGUCAGUCCCUUCCGGCUGCAGCAGCGCGAGGUCAGCAACGCCGAGUUCGCCCGCUUCGUGGCCGCCACUGGAUACGUCACCGAGGCGGAGCGGUUCGGCAGCUCGUUCAUGCCGCAGCACCUACUGCCGCAGUCGGUGCUGGCCUCCAUCGGGCAGUCGGUAGCGGCGGCGCCCUGGUGGCUGCCCGUCGCCGGCGCCCAGUGGCGACACCCGGAGGGAGCCGACUCCAGCGUGGACGGGCGCCAGGACCACCCGGUGGUGCACGUCUCGUGGACAGACGCCGUCUCGUACUGCCGCUGGCUGGGCGGCCGGCUGCCCACCGAGGCAGAGUGGGAGCGGGCGGCGCGCGCCGGGCUCACCGAGCGCCUGCUGCCCUGGGGCAACAAGGAGCGGCCGCACGGCCAGCACAGGAUGAACACGUGGCAGGGCACGUUCCCCACGGAGGACACGGGCGAGGACGGGCACGUGGGCACGGCGCCGUGCGCCACGUACCCGGCCAACGGCUACGGCCUCUACGACAUGGCGGGCAACGUGUGGGAGUGGACGGCCGACUGGUGGGCGGUGCACCACGACCCGCGCCCGGCCACCGACCCGACGGGUCCGGCGUCGGGCACCGACCGCGUCAAGAAGGGCGGCUCCUACAUGUGCCACCGAGACGCCUGCUACCGCUACAGGUGUGCGGCGCGCAGCCAGAACACGCCCGAUAGCUCAGCGGGCAACCUGGGCUUCCGCUGCGCCGCCGACGGCCUCCUGGCGUCCUAAGGUCAACCGCGGGGUCAGUGCCGAGGUCACCCGCGGGGUCAGUACCGAGGUCACCCGCAGGGUCAGUACCGAGGUCACCCGCAGGGUCAGUGCUGUUAGCGCCCGCGGUGUCAGUGCUGUUAGCGCCCGCGGGGUCAGUGCUGUUAGCGCCCGCGGGGUCAGUGCUGUUAGCGCCCCGUCCGUGACACGUUGCCCCUCCUGGUCGGCCAGGAGGAACCACGUGUGAUUGUGGUGGUGGGGGGGGGGGGCCGGACUGCUGGCCGCUGUAAGGGGUGUUGGGGGGGGGGGCUGGACUGCUGGCCGCUGUAAGGGGUGGUGGGAGGGGGGGGGCUGGACUGCUGGCCGCUGUAAGGGGUGGUGGGGGGCUGGAGUGCCGACCGUGGGGCUGUAAGAGGAGUGGGCUGGACUGCCGCGGGGCUGCGGCGGGGGCUGUGCCGGCCGCUGCGAGGGGAGCUGGAACGCCCGCGCUACCUCCGUGGGCUGGGUGCGCAGGAAAGUGGAAGCAGUGUAAAAAGCAGGGUGACGCGGACAUCUGUGCUCCCAUUGGAGUGGGGCUAAUACCACUGAUCGCACCGCGCGCUGCACUGGUGGCUUCUGAGAGGUGUGCACGUGUCAGAUUGGUGUUUGUUUGUAAAAUGAGCAUAGAGACUAUAGUCAUAGAGACAUUUCAACUAUAGUCUGACAAACCUAAGAAAUAAAAUGUAAUUACAUUAACUA